ACGCAAACACGUCGGUAGAAAGACGGAAAAUGGCAAAUGGCGAAACAAUUUGAAUGCCAGUUCAAAUAAAUAUUUGUGAGAAAUUUGCGUUAGCUGGGUAAAUGCGGCCUGAAAAUAAUGUGAUGCGGACGGUAUGUGAUGGCGAGCAAGGAAGGAACUGGCCAUCAGCAACAGUUUGUUGAAGAAAUUGACUACAAUGAAAUCGAAACACAGGAGAUUGUUGGGAAAGGCUCCUUCGGAGUUGUUUGGAAAGGACGAUGGAGAGGUCAGUAUGUGGCGGUGAAACACAUAAACUCUGAGGGAGAGAGGAAAGCAUUCACCGUCGAAGUGCGCCAGCUGUCCAGAGUUGCACAUCCCAAUAUUGUCAAACUCUAUGGUGCAUGCACAAAAAAUCCAGUCUGUUUAGUUAUGGAGUACGCUGAGGGUGGCUCUUUAUAUAAUGUGUUACAUUGUAAUCCACAACCCUACUACACAGCAGGCCAUGCAAUGAGUUGGGCACUCCAGUGUGCUCGUGGGGUUGCUUAUCUUCAUAACAUGAAGCCAAAACCAUUAAUUCACAGAGAUUUAAAGCCUCCUAAUCUUCUUCUUAUCCUGGGUGGUCAGACUCUAAAAAUCUGUGAUUUUGGAACAGCCUGCGAUCUGAAUACUUACAUGACUAAUAACAAAGGCUCUGCUGCUUGGAUGGCGCCUGAAGUCUUCGAAGGAUCUCGGUAUACAGAAAAAUGUGACGUGUUCAGCUGGGGCGUUAUUUUGUGGGAGAUUUUGUCACGCAGAAAACCAUUCGACGAUAUUGGUGGUUCUGCGUACAGAAUUAUGUGGGCUGUGCAUAUUGGGCAAAGACCUCCAUUGAUGGAUGGUUGUCCUAAACCGAUAGAAGACCUCAUGACUCGAUGUUGGAAAAAAGUUCCAGAAGAGAGACCAUCAAUGGAUGAAGUUGUUCAAAUUAUGACCACUCUCUCAGAAUUCUUCAACGGUCAAUUGGAUCCUGUUGAAUAUUCUUUAAGCAGUGAAAUGGACGAGGAAGAUGGUGCUGACGACACAUUGGAUAUGCCGAGUACGUUAAACUCGCAAAUCAAUGGUUCUGUAAGCAAUGGCACAAAUCAGACACCAACGCCAACGGACAAUCAAGUUAUGUCUGAAAUUCAAUUUACACAACCAGAAACCAGCUCGUCACAGUCUCAGGUACCGCAGACUGAUUGUAACACAGGGUACCUCACACCUAGGCUGAACCAAGCUGGAACACAGUUCCUUGGACUUCAGAAUAAUUCUAAGCCCAACUUGCAAACUGGCGGUAAAACAGAUAUCACGCCACAGAGACCUCCUAGAGGUAUACCCGUGACUCAACGAACCAGACCAUCACCAUCAGUUUUAAAUGACCAUACUGCACCGAUAGAGAUAGAGUGUGAUCCAAAUGCUUGGGAGUUGACCACCUCCGAUGAUUCUUCAUGGGAGAUACGUAAUAUGGCGGGAUUGGACAAAAUGGUUCCAAAAACACACAAAGCUCCUCAAGGAAGCAGCACAACGAGUGAAGAUUUGGAAAACGUCUAUCGGCUGCUGGAUGCAGAAUUGAGGCCACUCACUCCGGAUUAUACGUGUCAACAAUCCCGGGAGAUCUUUGAGGAGCAUAAGCAACUUGCUCAAGAGUAUCUCAAGGUACAAACAGAAAUUGCGCUUUUAGGACAGCACAAAAAUGAGAUGCUCAAAAAUCUCAGCGUUGACAGUCUACGCCAACAACAAGAACUCCGUAAACUGGAAGAUGAGAAAGAAUCCUUGGUGAAACUAUACUGGAAUUUGAAGAGACAGUUAGAAAUCAUGAAAGGCCAACGAGGCGGUGGCUCAGGAGGUGCGCCUGUAGCCAUGGGAUCUGCAGUAUCUGGAGAAGAUGGUUGGGUAGUUGUUCCAUGUCAAGACCCCUCCAGGCUCUCUUGAAUGUGCAUUCUUGGAAAGAUGCACCAAGGUCUUCGUAUUGAUAAAAUAUGUUUUUAAAUACAUAGUUUUAUCGCUAUUUAAGAUCACUCAGAAUAAUUCUUCAAUGUAUAUCAGAGUAAAAGAAACGACGACUGAAUUAGGCAAGGCCUGAACGAUGAUCUCUCGUUUCUUCAAACAUGUGUUAUCCAGUAUGUUUAUAAGAAUAGAAGCCAGGAAUGGUUUUUUGUACAGAAGACUAGUACUGCGUUGCUAAACUUCGAAAGACAUUCAACAUGGGGUACAAUGCGCCCAAAUAAGUUCAGCUAAUGAGUUAAUGUACAGAGACAUCCGAAAAUCAAAUGAAUAUUUUCUAGUAGUAAUUAGUGAAGUACUACAAUGGGCAGAUACACAUCGAAAACGAUCUGUAACGUAACUUGACCGAAUUUAACACAAAUUUUUAUUCAUCUACCCGAAUAGUAUCAGGGAUUUCAAACUUCUAAUUACAUUUUCACCACCUCUUUCAAUAUCUUCAAAGUGUUUUUUUAAAGAAGGUACACCAAAUGUCUCCAGAUAAGAUUGAUAGCAAUAUUUAUCAAUUAAUAUCUUUAAGGCGACGAAAAUCAUACACACCUCAAUUUAAAAGAUCAUAUUUGAAACCAAAGUUGGUGAAAAAAAAAAACAUAAGGAAUAGGUGUAUCAUACAAAAUAGAAAUUCCUAAGCAUUGUAUGGAAAACAACUUAUGAGUAAUGAUGAAAGUUUAUUAGUAGUGGUACAUUCUUUAUAUUAUGUCUUCUAGUUAUAUAUUUAUACAAAUUUGAUACACUGGUUUUAAAAUAAUUACUAAUGAUUUUAACCAGCGCUACGAUUUAAAACAAAUAGAAUUUGAACUGUCGUAGGUAAUAUACAUACCUAUACACACACACACAUACACGAACAUAUGUUUUCAAGAUGAAAUUUACAGUACGUCGUAAAAAUUUCCUUUGAAAUAUACAGUUGACAAACAUACUUAGACUGUGCUCAGAAUGAUGUACAGGAGAAGCGCGGCCAAGGUUAUUGAACUGUACUUAUUACGCCAUUGAAUCACUUCCACGAUAUUCUGCUGCCAGUUUGGUGUACUUUAAAAUUCUGCAAUUAAAACUAUUCAGCUUCAACAUGAACAAAUCUAUUCUCAACUCUAAUAAGUUUAUGUUAAUAGUAUAUCGAGAAAAUCACUCAACUUAUCAUACUUAAUCAUAGGGAGCGAAUGUCUUGAGAUUGUGAUUCAACUUUGUCUGUCCAACAACAUUUCUUACCUGCGCAAAUUGCAAACAUUUCCUGCACAGCCAGUUUAUUUAAGUUGCAAGAAAAAGGAAAUAAUAGGAUACUUUAAACCGUUCUGUGCUUUAGUAUUGUUAAAUUUUUAAACCGAAGCAACAUACAUAUAAUAUUCUAGUCGAAUGUUGUAAAUAAUCGAAGAUAUUGUUCUAUCGUAUUCCCAUAAUUUUUAAAUAUAAAGUACCUAAAGUGCUGGACGGUGAACGUGUGCUAGU